AUGGCUUCCAUCCCUAGAAUUAAGACUUAUCUCGAUUGUGUGUCCCCAUACUCCUACUACGCCUUCACUUUCUUAAACAAGCACCGCGCAGCACUGGAUUCCCAUGGCGUGACCAUAGAAUUUGUCCCCAUCUUUCUCGGGGGUGUGAAUGUUGCAACCGGGAACCAGCCCCCGUGGAAGCUCCCCGCGAAAGCCGCGUACGUGGCAAUCGACAUGGGGAAUGCCAAGAGAUACUUCGGACUUCCUGCGUUGAAGAGACCGAGCGUGUUUCCAGUCCCCACAGUUAAGCCGCAACGGGGACUGAUCUACAUAAAAUCUCACUUCCCAGAAGAAACCUACGUAGAGGCGUUCCGUCUUCUAUGGGUUUCGCUUUGGGAACAGGACAAAGAUAUUUCGCAGGAGUCGCAGCUUGUGGAGACUUGGAGUGGAUUGUUUAAUGAGGAAGAACUGAAUAGUAUCAUUGGAGCAACUGAGGAGGAGGAGUACAAGAACGCUUUGAUGGAGAAUACCAAUGAAGCAGUCAAGAACGGGGCAUUUGGGGCACCGUGGUCCGUCGUUAGGAACGCGAAGGGGCAGGAGACGAGGUAUUUUGGGAGUGACAGGUUUCAUUUCAUGUGGGAGUUUCUUGGGAUUGGAGAUGGAACUGGGUUUGCUCCGAGUCCUAAGGCGGUCCUUUGA